CAAGAUCUGACUCCGACUCUUAACCCUCAACCCCAAGCUCUUUUUUUUCUUUUUUUUCACCAAGAAAAUGACUCAUAAGAUUAACCUUUUACAUCCUCCACUAUUUACGGUCAUCCAGAACAAUCAAAACACAAGAAAGAAAAACCAAAACAAAAACAACACACAAUAGAAUCGAGAGAUCUUUGAGAUUAACAUCCUGUUUUUUCCUUCUUCAUACAUCUCUUAGAUCCAAAAUCCAAAAAAAAGAAAAGAAAAAAGGAAUUCAAUCCCAAUGGCCAAUGUUGAAGAAUCAAGCCCAUUUCUACCGGGUCAAAAAUCCGAAACAAGCAAUGAAAUGAAGCCCAUCAAGCCCAAUUCUUCUAUCCCAGCUCCGUCGGCUACAGCGACGGAGCCGUUUAAGCCGGCGGCUUCAGCUGCUGUACCAAUGGGAUGGACAGCUGAUGGGUUACCUAUGGGCCAUGAUGUUGGGCCCGCGGCCGUUGUGGGAGAGCCCAUUAUGCGUAGGGCCCAAUGGGAAUCUGGCCUUUGUUCUUGUUUUGGCAAGAAUGAUGAAUUCGCUAGCAGCGAUUUUGAAGUUUGUCUGUUAGGAACUCUGGCACCAUGUGUGCUCUAUGGGAGCAAUGCGGAGAGAAUUGGGACUGCUCCUGGAAGUUUUGCUAAUCACUGCUUGCCGUACACUGGUCUAUUCCUGAUUGGACAGUCCUUUUUUGGCUGGAACUGCAUGGCACCCUGGUUUUCAUAUCCCAGCCGUACAGCUCUCCGGCAGAGGUUUAAUCUUGAGGGUAACUGCGAGGCAGCCACCAGGUCAUGUGGGUGCUAUGGGGGCUUUGUCGAGGAUGAGGAACGGCGCGAGCAAUGUGAGUCGACUUGUGACUUUGCAACUCAUAUCGUCUGCCACCCUUGUGCUCUUUGCCAGGAAGGUCGUGAAAUUCGUCGUAGGCUUCCUCAUCCCGGGUUCAGUGCCAAACCAGUCCGAUUUAUGAUGGCCCCCGGGGACCAGACCAUGGGUCGCUGAUAACAACUGCUGUGCCAUUGAUUCCAUACCAUUUGCUUCUUGGUUUUAUUUGUUACAAUGUUCUGUAAUAUUAUACUUCGCAACUUUUUUCCAUAAUCACUGGAAACUUACAUGUAAAAUUUGACUGUGUAGGUGAUAAUAUAUACUAGUAAUGUAUACAUAUAAAAUUGAUGGAUUUGCAAUACGAAAUCAGGAUUAAUCAUA